AUGGUUACAUCGAGUUACACUAUAUACGCGGAAGUUAAUGGUUCAAAAAAUUAAAAUGGAAGUUGCAAUAUUAUUCUAGUUGGAAUUUGGCUCAAUAAAUACAGCACAGUUUUUGUUCGGAAUUGUGGAAAAUAUGACUAAUUACUCUAAAUCGGUGUUUGAUACUUUUAAAUAGAAACACUUUCAGAUUUGGGGCUGGAAUUUCUUGGUUCAUCUGCAAAACUUCAUUCUAAUUAUUUUCAAAUAUUGUAUUAAAUUGCUAACUGAUGCGUUUUUGUACGGAUCAUAGGGACUGAAUCAAACAAAAAAUUACAAUGAACCAUCUGGGAACGUCAGUUGCACAGUGAAGUGCUAUUAUCCGAAACCUGAAGACAUAUUAUUAAAUUGUGUGUUCUUGCCCUGUUAGGUCUAUUGGUGAACUUGAGCGAUGCUGAUACAUUUUUACACAGUCCUAGAGGUUCAAACAACCGCUUGAAUGGAGCGAACGUUAAUAGGGGAAACAAUAAUCGAAUGUUCGAUUCUCAGGUAAGUUUCUAUAGCCUCAAAUAUUCGCAUUCCGUCCAUUCAUCUAAUCAUAAACAUUUAUUGCAAUAUCGGUUGGGAUUAGUUAGUUACGAUUAAUGCGUGAUAAGGCUUAUGUUUUAAUGAAGAAGGAAAAUAAUUGUAGUACCCAGAGAAAGACCCCCAACACACAGACGAGAACCAGCGAAACUAUAUACUAAUUAGCUACUGUAAAUGACUUGGACUAACCGCAACAGCCACCCAUGCAGACUUCUGUGUUUUUUGUAAACAACUUCACAAGACUAUACAUUUUUAUAUCUUUUUAGAACAACGCUAAGGGUGGUUACAAUGUAGGCGACAAAGAUCAAAAAUCAAACAGCGAGGAAACACAAUUUAACAUGGUAAGUCAACAGCUGUGGGCUACUGUGAGACUUUAUAAGGCUGAAUAUUAAAAUAAACAUUUUUCGCACCAAUUUUUAUCCACAAGUAGGAUAAACCUUCUGCACUAUUUUGAAUUGCAAAACAUUUUAAAAGUAUAGUAUAAUUCAACGUUAUAAAACUGUUUUUAUAAAUUGUGUUUUAAUAUUAUGCAUGCAUGCACUGCUUAUUCGGAAUAACUUUUGUCCUAUAUUUGCUGAAAUGAUCAGCCGGAAAAGGAUAAGGUUAUAGAAUUCUAUAGAUGUUAUACGAAUACCACUAAGCAUUACGCUUCGUCACUUGAAUCUAUACACAUGCAUACUACAUAGGUUAGAAAAACAUUAUUCUUGCUGUAUUAUUGCAUUUUAUAUGAGUACAACAAUAGUCCAAUGCAGCACUCUUGUGUUCCUUAUUCUUUACUCUAUAAUAUUCUUGGGAAAAUAAAAUUUCCACCAAGCAUGCAUGUAUUCUACAAAACUUGCCAGAACUGAACUGUCCGAUUGUUGAUUAAGAAUUGAUUCAGACAAAUAAUGAUAUGGCUUGAUAACGUUACCCUCGUGCAUAUUUAGAGAAUCUGGCGGAAAUUUAUGUUGGUUCUAGUCAAGUGACCACUGGUUUGCCAAAUCGCAUCCCAAACUGCAAAAUUCGCAAACAUUGAGCAAAUUCAAUUCUCAUCAGUAUACAACUCCCAUGCAUUUUCGUGGUUAACAAAAGACAUAUUCCAGCUGUUAGAUAUUUUAAUCAUUCGCAACACUCUGUGCAUCUAAACGUUCAGAAAGCAUCCUAAAGUUAUGAAAUAUUUUCAGAACUAUUUCCAAAGUGGUAAAGGCUAUGCAAGUACUUCAGGUCUGACAGGAAAGUCUCUGCUCACAAUUGAGUGGACCAAUCAACAUGGCUGUAGUGAUCGAGAUUUAAACUGUAAUUUUGUUCUUCAAUAUCGAUGUCAAGAUGACGCAAACAAUCAGAAGUUGAAUCAACACUCAAUGAGGAAUCGUAAGAAAAAUGUAACUCCAUCGAAAACAAGGAACCAAACGUUUCCUUCCUCAUUGCUGAGUUUAUGCUUCAAGUAUUAAUUGAUCAAUUAUUUAAAUAAGGAUUUCUUUCCAGGAAACUAUAAUAUAAUUGUAGUCGAAUAACCUUGUUAACAAAUAAAGGAUUGUGUUUAAAUGCGUUUUAAUCCGGGAUUUAAAUUAAUGCCAUGUAUAUUAAAUUUCUCCAAGGUAAGGUAACCACUACUCCAAAUUAUAGCGGUUCUCGCAAGUACACCACACGCGCAAACAAGAACUAUUGGUUGAAUCGCGAUUCAGUCAGUUAUACCCGAGGUCUUCAUGAAUCCUGGGAAUGGUAUGAUAAAUGCACCAAAAGAAGCCGUAAUCAAGGUGAGUUCUAUAUAUGAAAACAAACAGGCUAAAAAUAGUCCACUAUGAGUUCUAAACUAGAAUAACGCUAUAGAGUAAGAAAAAUAUAUGGCAUUGGCGAGGGCAAAGUCAAGUCCGAAACAUUUGCGAAUUAAAUUUCAAUUGUACAAGUUUAUCUCUAGGUCAAUGAAAACAUUACCUUUUGAUAUAAAAUAUAAACACAGUUUUGGAUAGUAUAUCAAGGAAAUGAAUUUUCGAAAAUAAUCUAUAAACUUGUGGUCAGGGUCGGAUUAUUCUAAGGAAAUUUUAUCACUGCAGAAAAGCGAGAAAAGUGAUAAAAUUUAUAUAAAUUUAGCGACAUUUUCGAAAAAGUUCUGACUGCCCUGCAUGAGUGCAUGUACUCUGGAUCUGCAACUUAUAGUUCACCCCAUGCAUGUCACCAAUUAUAUGCAGGAAAAUGAGCCAAAAUCGCCGCUAAUGAGCCCACAUGACCAUUUUGCAUAUUCUAUUUCGUGCAAAAAUAUACACAUUUUCCCUUAUUUGAAUCGCAUGCAUAAACAAAGCAAUAUUUUUCAAGAUCUAGUCUUUCGCUCUCGUGAAAAUAGAUUAAUCUAUAAACUGUUGAUUGUGUCACCAAGCAGCGUCAAAAAUCCCAAAACAAAAUAUAACUGAUCACUGAACAAAUCUCAUUUAUCACUAUACAAAUUGGUUAUCACUGCACCUUAGAAUAAUCCCUGCCUGUGGUUGCCUUAAUAAAUUUAUUUUUCCUUCAGACGUCAAAAUCUUCCUGGCCAUCAGCAAAAACAUUUAUUAUUGACAUCCCUUUGCAAGUUCAAAACAUCACAUUCUUAGCUGGUUAAUAUAAUUAGCUAAAAACAUUGUAAAUUUUUCCUGCCAACAAAAGCUCAAAAGUUCAAGUCCCAAAGGGAACAACUAAUCAUGCGUCAGUGCAUCACCACAGCAAUUAAGCUUCUUUCUAUUCCGUACUUUAUGUUUAUUUUACUUCGUUUUGAAUAAUUAUUUUAAAUGACAAGUUUUUGUUUGAAAUUUGGCUCUCGUAGGGCAACAAAAAUACUAUAAUGCCCAUGUGAGUAAUACGGGAAAAUGCUGCCUCGUCAGCAUUAAUUAACCAAUCCAAUUACGCGGUUAAUUACGCGGAACAACUAUAAUAUGAUGCAUGACAAUUUUGUUGAAUGUUCUUUCUCUUAAUUUAUAGGACUAUUCACAGCUGAUCAAAAACUGAACGGUCAGACAAGUAUUUACACUCGUCAAAAUGCAAAUGGUGGUCGUAGUGGUUAUGAAUGUCCCGAGGAACGAGAUUACUAUCCUUACUGGCAUCCUACAGACUGGAUUGAUAUAGCGGUGUUUGCUUACAAUGAAAGCAUGUGUAAAUAUUAUCGGAAAGAAAGUUUCAAUGCCAAAAAUAAAGGUUAGCCUAGUAAAACUAGUGUUAUUAACUGACGUAAUUUUCCAAUAGAGCUAAAGUUUUUCUAAUUAAGAUUGAUCAACCAAUUAGAUUUUUGAUCUCAUCACUGUGGUAUGAUUAAUUCCAGCAUUAAAGAUGAAUUCCACUCCGUUCUGUGAAUCAGUUCUCCUCAUAACAAAGGGGGACCCCGCAGAUAUAAACGUUGCACAAAUUUUGCAUUUUUCAUUUACAAGUUGUAUUCAUUUACAAGCUUAGCGAACCAGAAAAGUGUUAGAUAUUCAGUUAGUAUAUUAUAUUUGACAAAUAUAGCAAUUCAAAACAUAAACAAAGUUCGCGCAUGCACACAGGAGUGGACAUCAUCUUUCACAUUUCUAUAAUGAGAUCUUUGUUCUUUCUCAGUGUUUUGAAUUACAAUGAUAUAAUAGUGUAUUUCACAUCAAUCGUCUGUUUAUAUUACAUCUACUAAAAUCUGCUCCAGGUGAAAAACAAUGAGAUAAUCAAUUUGUUAACACGUGUUUAUUGAUAUUUAAAGCGAGGUUUUGAUCUUUUCGGAAAUUAAAUUAGUUUUUUAUUGCUUUUUCGCAGGGGAGUGUCUUCAAUACUACCCAUCGAAAGCCAACGGUUUAUAACAACGAAAUUGACUGCAAAAAAAAUAAAGGGUUCUGGAUUUCGUUCAGCAACUAUUUAGAAGAAUACCCCAAGUAUCAAACAGAAGCAAAAUGUAAAGCUAAAAGUUCUCGUAAACUACCUCUUAAAUGGGACAUUCCUUACCGCUCUGAAGAUAUUGAUGAUUUAAAAAUGACUGGUGAUAAUGUGGAGUCAUUAAAACGUUGUUUGGUCGCACUUGAUGUACCAGAAUGCACCAAAGCUCCAUACACAAGAUCAAACCAUUUAGGAAAUGUCCAAGGUGUCGUUCCUUUCCGUUACACUUGGGCUCUUCCACAUUUCCCGUCUGGUCGUGUACAAAGAUGCGUCCUGAGAUUGAGGUUAGUUAUAAAGUUGUAAUAAUUUUUCAACACCUAUAUAACACUUAUUUAUGUAUACGUAUUUAAUUAAAGACUUUUAGUAGCAGGAAUUUAGGGAAAGACAAUGCAGGAACUUCGUUACAAGAGAAAUAAUUUAAUCUUUUCUGUCUUUCUGAUCAUGAGGAUCUGUGUAAUUUGGCGACAUUGUAUAGCAGGGCGAGGGGUUUCUGCAUGCAUAUAAUUCUGGUAGACCAGUUACACUAGUUACAUGUAUACUUCGUCGAUAACGUGUAAAGGUUAGAAAAAACAGCGAACAUAUAUGAUAGUGUACAAAAUUCCACGCCUUGUCAAAUUUCGCUGAAAAGGGCGCUUGUGCCAAUUGUUCUCCGCAUCAAAAACCGAGCUAGAGCGCGCUUUACUUACACCCACUAUACAAGUGUCCUAGUAAGGACACACAAUUCAAUCUUCGUUUUAAAUUAGGAAUGAACAUUUUUAUGGCUCAUUUUCUUAAAAUUUCACAUACAAUUUAAUCGAAGUGAAAUAAUUAACUGCGAACUUACAAUAUUAAAAAAAAUCUGUAACACGUUUCUGAAUAAUUAAUUGUCUUUCACAAAUUUUCAAUUUCAGCAGCAACAAUUUUUUAAAUAAUUAUUUCAGGUCCAUUUUGCUAUGAUGUUAAAUAACCAUCUUUCUCCUCUUUCCGUUGGUUAGGUACAACAUUUCCACUGGAGAUUAUCCACCAUUUAACACAUUUAGUGAUGAAAAUGACAAUCCGUAAGUAUUCAAGAUGUCUCACAAUCAUGACUUUCAACCCUCUAACAACUAAUUAUGUGUGGCUUUUCGAAAGUCGAUGCUUGUUGGGCUAUUAUUCCAAAGGUCGUAGGUUCGAUUCCCACCGUGGUCAGGCAUAUUUUUCAAGCUUGCCCGGUGUGGAUAUACAUAUACACACAGAGUAACAUCACAAGCGUCAUAUUCACCUGAGUACAUUACACCAACACAGAAAAAAAUCAUGAUUAUUAGAUAACAUUGAUAUCCAAGGAACUAUAGAUUCUGUUCCGAAAUAUCAGAUACUUGAACCGACUAGACCGCGUAGCUCAGUUGGCAGAGCAUUGGGCUAGUAUUCCAAAGGUCGUAGGUUCGAUUCCCACCGUGGGCAAGCAUAUUUUUCAAUUAGCUUGUAGUACAUUACACCAACACAGAAAAAGACUUUUGAACUGGUAAUAACUAUUUCAGCCACAUCGUGUUAAACAUGAUUGGUUAAAUUAACAUAUACUGUACUUGUCCAAAAUACAUGCAGCAAUAAAAAAACCAAACAAAAUUAAAGAGAUGGAAAAAAUAGUUGUACGUAAAUGAUUUUGCACGCUAAAAAUGGGGAAAUGAAAAGAAAUUUAUAUAUAGUGAUAGAAGAGUCAAGCAUGUAAACCGAGCGAAGCAUUAUAGUUUAGAAAUUAGACAUAUAAUGGCAACCGCAUGAUAUAAGAUGUAUUUGGUUAAUUUCGUUUUUGUGGACCUUCCUUUGUAAUGUAUAAUUUUGAAAUAUAUAUUACCUUUUAACAAACUUUCAUUCGUAUGUCUUAUAUUAGUCUCAGGUUUUUUUCCAAAACUUCCGGAGCAAUAACUAUUGUAAUAAAGCAAGCCUAUUCUCAAAGAAAUUAUUACUUUUUAUAAGGAAUGCGGGUGUACAUUCUCCAGUCCAAAACAAUCCAAAAGUUAAAGUUGGUGCUGUUCAGUUACCAUUACAACUUGCCAUCAACACCGCCCAAUUUGGACGUACUUUCCAAGAUCGAUCUCAUUUAUUCAAGCUCCUACCCAGGCCUAUAAAGGUGAACGAUAAUGACGUCAUCUAUAAUCUGAACGUACGAGGAAAGCGCGGGAAUAUCGUGCAAGCUUUUCCAGCGGUAGAAUACGACUUUAUCCCGAAACGAAUGACUAUUUCUAGCGCAAGUCUUGUGCAUAUCCAGUGGACUGGUAAGUUUUGGUUACAUUAA